AUAGAAAUUCAUUAACUGGUGUACUAUCUGAACACCAUUUUGUGAAACUCAGAGAGCUAAAUAGUUUGUACAUUUCUUAUAACUUCCUCUCUCUGCACGUGAGCUCCUCUUGGGUUCCUCCUUUCCAACUAAGGCACAUUACGAUGGAUUCUAUCGAAACAGGGCCCCAGUUUCCAAAUUGGCUCCGGACCUAAAAGGAGAUUGAAGUGUUAUUCAUGCAAAAUGUGAGCAUUUCGGAUGCCAUACCCAGCUGGUUUGGACUGCAUUUUAAUUAUCUUAAAGCCUUAGAUAUCUGCCGUAACAAUUUGGAAGGAUCUCUAAAGUCAUUUGCAACAGGUAUUUUGAAUUUGGAUCUUUCACGAAGUGCAUUUGCAGGAAAUAGUAGCUGAUUAUUAUUAUUAUUAUUUUAUGCAGCAGUUGCCGAUGUUGAUAAAGAGGCUAUAAAAAUAGAGUCUCUUUACCUCGGUCACAACCGUUUCAUAGGUAGUAUCCCAGAAGACUUGUGCAGGUUGAAAACUUUAAUGGUUUUAGAUCUAUCCAACAACCAUUUGUCUGGAAGCAUUCCUUUGUGCUUGGGUAACUUGCGACAUUUGGUCGCCCUAAGUUUGUUAGAUAACAACCUAUGUGGUCAGAUCCCAAGUUCACUAGGUAACUUGGAGGAACUUGGUACUCUGCAUUUGAGUGGAAAUAAAUUUGAUGGGAAGCUUCCAUCUUCAAUGCAAAACCUGAUAAGAUUGCAAACCCUUGAUCUCGGAGAAAAUCGAAUACAGGAUAUUAUACCAGUGUGGAUUGGGGAAAGGUUAUCGGACUUGAAGUUUCUGAGACUCGAGUCAAAUAAUUUCCAUGGAGGUAUUCCUGAUAAAUUCUGCCAACUCUUACAUCUUCAGGUGCUCAACCUAGCACACAAUAAUUUAUCAGGAUCUAUUCCUCACUGCUUUAAUAACUUCACAAUGAUGGUGUCAAGAGAAGCAGCAUCAGCUGACUUGCUAAUGAGAAAUUAUUUUGAAUUAAUACUUCUAAACUUGAAGGGAGGAAGAGAACUUGAGUAUUCAAAUAACUUAUUGUCUGUUAAAUCGAUUAUCCUCUCAGCAAAUAAUUUAGUUGGUGAAAUCCCUGAUGAGAUAAUGGAUCUCGUUGGGUUGCAAAUUUUGAACCUUUCAAUAAACCAUCUAAAUGGGAGGAUCCCCCAGAAGAUUGGCAAUUUGAAGCAACUUGAAACACUUGAUGUAUCGACGAAUGAACUCAACGGGGAAAUCCCUCCAAGCUUGUCUGGUUUAAACUCAUUAAGCUCCCUGAAUUUGUCAUACAAUAAGCUAUCAGGACCAAUACCAUCUGGAAAUCAACUUCAGACCUUGACUGAUCCAUCCAUCUAUGAGGGAAAUAUUGGACUCUGUGGGAAGCCACUCAAUAGCUGCCCUGCAGACGAAUUGCCGACAGAAAAUGGACCUAUUCUUGAUAGUAAAGGUCACAGCGAGUCUGAUUUUUCAUGGUUUUAUGCCGGUUUUGGACCGGGAUUCAGUGUUGAUGUCGUGGGAGUUUUGGGAAUCCUUCAAUUCAAGAAGUCAUGGCGCGAUGCAUUCUUCAGAUUUUUGGAAAAUGCCUAUGACAGAAUUUGGGUUAUGAUCGCAUUGAAGACUGCUCGGCUACGGAGGAAUUUCCAUUGAGUAAGUAUAUGUACAAAAGCACUUAUAUUCUGUUUUUUCUUAUUCUGCAAUAAGGUACCACAACUCAAUUAGCUGGUUAUCCAUAAUUACUUGCAUUUGAUAAUAAGCACAUAAGUGCUCAAAACUAAGCAUGUAGGUUUAGUUAUGCUAUAAUCCUCUAUGAACAAAUGAAUCCGAGUGCUUAAAUAGAA